AUGAUGUUGGAAGAAAAACAUGCACUCAAAGCAUUGGGCGAACAUCCCAAUGAUGAUAUAGCAUUUAAUGGGUUCAAUGGUGACGACGAUUUCGGCACUAGCAUCUUGGACGGAUCCGAGUCAAUUGAAAUUAGCCAUGCAGGUGGAGAGUUACAUGAACUUACCAAACAAUUGAUUGGUGACUUCUGGAAUGUAAAUAAGGUCAAGUCCCAUGUUCAUCGAAUAGACUACAGGACUAGGCGUGAUAGGACCCAGUGGUGCACUGAAGCAUUUGACAAGCAGAUGCCGGCAUUAAUGUGUGCCUACCUAGACUGGCAUCUUGCCAAUGAAACCUCUAGUGGCUUUAGAAUGCCGGAGGACGUGAAUGUGGGAUCAAUUUACACCAAAGAACUGCCUCUGACUAUUUUGUCGACAGAUUCCUUCAUUGCUUCGGCACUCGUCCGCCAAGGGGUUGUCCCCUGCUCUCCCAUCAGCCCAUCAACUGGGGUCAUAAUGCAGGCCCUCAACUUUUACCGUAUUGCACAGCAGCACAAUCCACACUUCUCUAUCCAGGCGUACAUGAAAACCUUGUGUGACCUACAAGGUGUUCAGUUUUACCCAUAUCUUUCACGUCAAUUCUCAAUUGCCCUUGACGUCUUCCUACAGAUUCUUGCUAAGGUUGACAUGCUGAUGCAUGAAGCCAUUGGACGGAGCGACCCUAACUGGUGGCUGAUGCAUGUCUGUCUGGCAUGUACUUACAUGCUGAAAGGCAAAGCACCUUUAAGUGACCGGUACUUGACGAGGGAGUAUGUCGACCGCUUUGCAGGCAACUCUGUCAAUAUGCUGUCAGGUGAUGACGAGGACAACCCAUGCGCUGGCUGUUGGAAUAACAUGAAGGAUGAUAAAACCAGAAGAAUGUCGGGUGUCUUUGAUGAUGUCUUUGAUGAGUCUGGAAUUUUCAUGGCCAUCUGUCGCCAUGGGUUCUCUCUUGUAAUUGCGGACAUGGUUCAAAGUGGCGAACAGUCGAAGUAUCCAUUGGCUGUGGUAUCCAAGCUUCUUGAUGUCUUCAGGAAGGACCUUGGCGGUGGCUACAAUAUUGGCUGCAGUAUACUGGGUCAGUCAGUGCACAAGCUUAACCACACAUCCCUUGUUGGGGCCUUUCACAGACAUGCACACAAACAUUUGUGUCAGCUUGAUCAUCUCACCACCUACGUCGAAGGUCUCGGACUUGAAGACCUCGAGGGCUGUGAACGAAUGUUCUCAAAAUCAAAUGCGCUCGCAUCCUCGGUUCGCUACUCAAGUAUUUUUCACCGAUGCCAAGCUAUUUGCAACUAUUUUCAACACACAGAUGACUUCGAAGUUUAUGCCAACCUCUCUACAUUCCUACACAACAACUAUAAGCAGGCCCUCAAUAUUCUGCUCGAUGGACAGUCGACACUUCCAUGGCUCAUGCGUGACCUUGGCAUAAUGGAUGACAGUGUCUUCAAAAGCUGGCUGGCUCAUGAACAUGAUUACCUAAUGUCAUUGAAUGAGGAACUGAAACAUGAGACCUUGCAAAUGGAAUACUGGCAGAAACUCGUCAAUUUAGCAGCAAGCAAACCUCAAAAUUGUGCAGGAGGUGAGGUGAAGCUUGGGGUGAGUUGUCAAUGGACACUGGAAGAUACAGAAUGGAAGGAUGCAGGUCACCUUGUAGCAAACCAGAAAUUUCAGCGGGCACUGGAUUCCUUGGAAGGUUUGGUAGUUGCUCGGAUCUUUGAGCUUUCUAAUAUGAACCGUGCAGGGACAGGUUAUAAACUACAAAAACAUAUCGGAAAAGCUUUGCAGGCUCGCUCUGCAGCUAUUCAGACAGCCCUUGACCGCUACAAUGCUGCAGCGUGGGCACUUUCACCACCUCAUCCAACACUUUCAUGGGAUGAGGUGGUUGAAUAUGCAUUCCUCUCUGACUUCGACCUUCUUCGAGAUGCCCGUCAAGAUAUAUCUCAAUGUGCCUGGGCCACACCCACCGGCCGCUUGGCCAUGGAUACAUACUUCAAAAUGCAAUGUACACAAGAAGAGAUUCAGCAACUCAAUGUUGAGAUUAAGAGAAUGGUAACGUACUUGCGAGAUGAGAAUCUCUACCUGCACACCUGCAAGAAACAGCUUCAAACUGUGCAUCCCACGCUUGCCCAUCAAGUUGGCAUUCAUCGUAAUAUUCACACACACUUCACUGAACACCAUCUCCGCCGCCUGCAUGCCAUUGGCAAGUUACUGGGCUUUACAGGGUUGUUGUUGCCAGGGGAUAGUACUGAAGAUUCACCCGGGGCAAGUGCUAGCGUUCCUGUUGUCUGUAUCCCUGCACAGCUGGUAACCACUGUGGUUCCUGUGGUUCCAGAUGGUGUGGAAGAUGCUAUAGAGGAUCUAGAAGACGAGGAGGGUGCUGAUGCUGAUGGGGAAGAGUAG